AUGGAUAGUGUACCUAGUGAAAAUUAUGAAGAAUCUGAAAAUGUGAACAAUAUAACUUCUGCUAGGCAUUAUUAUGAUAAUUCUGAAAAAUUGCGUAAUACCGAUGGCGUUAAUAAUGUAGAAUAUGAAAGUAAUAAAAAUGAACUAAAAAUUGGCGAAAAAAAACAGCCAAAAAUAGCAAAACAUAAAAAUAAGACAAAAAAUGAAAUAUAUAAAAAUUCUAUUAACCAUCAAAUAGAAUUAAAUGAAAUAGACGAGUUCGAUUUCAACAUGGAUAAUAUUAAUUCUCCAUUGAACGAUAAUAAUUUAAAACCUGUGAAAAAAUUUUUAAAUUUUACCUUUGAUGAAAAUUCCUUCUUACCACCAACUUUUAAUACACCUUAUUUAAUAAAAAAUCAUAUUGUUCAAUACAUGGAACCCAUAUUUAAAAAGGCUAAAAAAAAAAGUUAUUUGUGUUGUUGGGCAUAA